GACACAAAAUGAGUGAAAUAUCAAAAUAUCGUGACCGUAAAGGUACAAAGGGAGGAGCGAGUUUUGCAAAUAAACCAAGCAAGUCACGUCAUCGACCGUUAAACAGAUUUGAAAUGGAGUCGCCGGAUCCCGAGAGCGUCGGCACGUCCACUAAGAAGCUUAGGCUGUCUGAAGAUGCUCGUCAAGUUGAAGUAGAUGCAUCGUUCGGCUAUCGUUUGAUGAAUUUUGUGGCUGUGUUUUCUGCUAUUUCACAAGUUGUUAAGUGCAAAGUGUGCAAAUCGAACGUCACAUUUACUGAAAGUGGCAAACGUAGACUUGGUUUCAAGAUAGUUAUUUCUUGUACCAACUGUGAGAAAACUGAAAUUUCCAAUAGUCCAUAUAUUAACCGAGCAUAUGAAAUCAAUCGGAGAAUAGUUCUUGUCAUGCGAUUAUUAGGAAUUGGUUUACAUGGAAUCAAAAAGUUCUGUACGUUCAUGGAACUACCUCAGCCAAUUUUUCAUUCAUUCUAUGAUAAACUUAUUAAAACUAUUCAUGAUGCAACAGAAACUAUUUGUAAGGUUAGCAUGGCAAAAGCAGCAGAAAUAGAAAAAAAGAAUGUGCUGAAAGUGAAUUGGUAGUGUCAGGUGAUGGUUCUUGAAGGAAACGUGGAUUUUCAUCAUUAUUUGGUUUGGUGACAUUAAUAGGAUGGAGUACUGGAAAAGUGAUUGAUAUAAUAAUCAAAUCUAAAUAUUGCAAGGCUUGCGAAUAUUGUAAAAAAAAUCUGAUACUGCAGAAUAUGCUGAGUGAUUGGAAACACAUGUAAACCAAUGCCAAAUAAACCACGAGGGGUCGGCGGGUAAAAUGGAGGUCGACGCAGUUGUCGAAAUGUUUCAGCGUUCUGAAAGUUUAUAUGAAGUGAAAUACGGCAGAUAUAUAGGUGAUGGUGGCUCUAAGAUAUUUAAAGGUAUUUUAAAUGCUGAGCCUUAUGAGAAUUUCACAAUACAAAAGAAGGAAUGCGUCGAUCACGUUCAGAAAAGAAUGAAAACUCGGCUAAGAAAUUUGUACAAAGAAGUAAAAGGUCUUGCGGGAAAGGAAAAUUGACAGGCAAGCUCAUUGAUGAGCUUUCAAUGUACUACGGCUUGGCCAUCCGCAGGAAUCAAAAUUCAAUAGAAAAGAUGAGAAAUGAAAUUUGGGCAACGUUGUACCUCAAGCUGUCGACAAAUGAAAAGCCACAACACGACAAGUGCCCGUCCGGUGAAAGUUCGUGGUGUUCGUGGCAAAAGGCAAAAGCCACCAAUACUUUAAAUACUUAUUCACACAAGCAAGCUCUUCCACAAACAGUUUUUAACGCCAUGAAGCCCAUCUACGAAGAGUUGAACAGCGACGACCUUCUUACACGGUGUUUAGGUGGCUUCACACAGAACAGUAAUGAAAGCUUCAACGCUACGGUUUGGUCAAUAGCCCCAAAAUAAAUAUCAAGUGGGAAAACUGUCCUUGAUUUUGCAGGAAAUCUUGCUGUGUGCAUCUUCAACGAUGGAAUAAGUAUCAUGCAAAUUAUGGCGGUUUUAGGCAUGACCAUAGGGCUGAAUUGUUAUAACUUCUGCUGUUGAGGCGGACGACCGCCGCAUCGAGUUAUCCGACCGAUCGUUGACUGAAGCUGCAAGAACAUCUCGGCUUGCUUUAAAAUCAGGCAGGAAUGAUGAAGAAGAGGAAAAUAUCAAUUUGGAAGGCCAAUUAUAUGAUGCAGGCAUUGCAGAUUAAAGGUAUAAUAAAAUUUUCUGCUGUAGAAUGUUAUUCAAAACUUUGAACGCGUUUUUCUAAAAAAUGCAUUUUUCUAAAAAAUGCAAUUGGGUGAAAUGAUAACUCCUACAAAUCUUUAUCGAUUCUCUUGAACUUUUGAGGGUGACUUUUCAGAUACAUUAUCUAGUGGAUAGAGUACGGAUUUUGCAAUAAGUUAUAAACUUUCUUUUUUAUAAACAAUUUUUCGGUGAAAUUUUUGGGUGAAAAAUGAACUUUCUUUAAAAAUGUGCACCAUUUUUCAAGAAAACGGUAUUUUCAAAUUUCCGUACGCUAUCCAGUAGCUUUUGGCAUAUAUUACUUAAAAAUUUUUGGUUUUUUGUUCUAGGUUAAAAUCUGCGGGAGUAAUCGUUUCGCCCGUUUAAGACCUCGCAUAAAAGGUGUCCUGCAAUCUUGGGUUCUGAAGCCGCCAUUUUAAAAUAAAAACAAAUAAGAAAAAUUUUUUCUUACACUUAAAUGUGUGUUUAAUAAAAUACCUUAACUGAUUUUUCCAGUGCUUUUAUUAUACUCUUGAAAAAAAUUCCCGAAAUUAGCCUUCUUUUCUGGGACCUGGAGUGGCCUUACCCCUUAAGGAAAACUUGGCAACUUUUUCAAUAUUUAACUUACGAUAUCUCGCUAACUAGUUGUCGGAAGAAAGAAUAGCACUAGACUUUUUUAUUCUAUUUGAUCUCAAGAAUAUAUGUAAACAAAUUUAUAUAGUUGUUUUAUGUUCCCCUUAAAACCAUGCAACUUUUGUCUGAAAUAUUUUUCCGUACCUUCCAUAUUUUUCGAGAUAUUUGCCUGGGGUUUUAAAAUGGGGCACCCUACAUAUUUCUUACAGCAUGCACAUAUUAAACAUGUUAUGUCACUUCAAUGAUACUAUAAAAUACAUAUUGAACGUAUGCUAUUGCUAACAUGUCUGUCUAUUAGGGAUAAUUAUGCAUUUCAAAACAUAUUUUGAUAUGAGGUAUAUGAAUGUUAUAUGCCAUUAAUGUAAUAGAGAAAAUAGAGGGAGCAAUUACAUUGAGUACAAAUAUAAAAAAAUAUGUAUUUCGACAUUACUUUAACUUGGAAUAUAUAAACUGUUAUUUGCGUAGUAACAAUAUUAAAGCAAGACUUAUCACAAUAAAAAUAAAUAUACUAAUAUACAAGGCAUAAGAAUGCACAGCUUUUACAUGUAUAUUAUGGAGUUAAUAACGAGAGAUGAUAACGAAACGGAAGAGGAAUAAUACGUAAAAUUAGUUAUUGGAGAAUGUAGACGAAGAAGAGGAGGAAAACAAGAAGAAAAAAAUAGACGAAUUUGACAAAAAAAGCCGCCAACUCAUUACAAAAACUUCUGCUGAUAUAUUAUCAUUUAAGGGAUCAUAUUCACAGGAAGUCAAAAAAUAUGAUAUUUAGGAAUCUUUUCAAAACUUAUAAUACUUUAAAAAAACG